AGCGUUGCUAUGUGACGCUUGUUGAUAACCAGGAAGACGCUGCUGCCACAGUGCUAGCAAGGAGGAGAGAAAUGGAGGAUAACUUCCAGCUCGGAGAGGCUGGAGCGGUAAAAAAUGUUGCAAAGUCUGGACGGAGAGCUCGCCUUGCAACAGACCAAUCAUCAUUUGAGGAUUCUCGUUAUGUGAGGAAGUCUUCCACAUCUGCUUCAAUGGCCGAAGGCCCUCCUCCUAAACCGGCCCGGCGGCAGGGUGGCUGGGCAGAAGAAAGCUCUGGCUCUGGUUCUGCCAAAUCAUCAAGAAGACCUGCAGCUGAAGACCUGGAAGACCGCCGCCUGCGACCACAAACUCCCCAGGGAUCAGAUGAUGAAGGAGAUAUUCCAGUGAUUCCAGACCUCGAAGAAGUACAGGAAGAAGAUCUCACCAUGCAAAUUGCAGCUCCACCAAGCAUCCAGGUGAACCGGGUAAUGACCUACAGAGAUCUGGACAAUGAUCUGAAGUAUUAUUCUGCGUUCCAGACCUUAGAUGGAGAGAUUGACUUGAAGCUCCUCACCAAGGUUUUAGCGCCAGAGCAGGAGGUGAAAGAGGAUGAUGUGAGCUGGGACUGGGAUCAUCUGUUUACAGAGGUGUCCUCAGAGCUGCUGAUGGAAUGGGAUCAAGGAGAGAGUGAGGAGCAGGCCGCGCUGCCUGUAACAUGAGGAGGAGGUUUGGACUGGGACUUUAAAUGGCUCCAGUGGGAGCUGGGUGAAUGUCCAUUACACAGAAGGGCCAGUGACUUUGGUUAUCAUAACUUUAAUUACUGUUUGUUAUCCAGAAGUUAUAUUUUGUAAAGUGUAUAUAAAGUGUAUUUUAUAAAUAAAGUUCACCGUGCAGCAAACAGCGCA